GAUUCCAUGAGCUCAAAGAGGCGAAGGGCUACCUCUCCUUCUAGCAGUGCCAGUGGAGGAGAUUUUGAUGAUGGUCACCAUUCCACAAACACACCAGGUCCAAGUAGGAAACGGAGAAGACUUUCCAACCUCCCAACAGUUGAUCCUAUUGCUGUUUGCCAUGAAUUAUACAACACAAUCAGAGAUUACAAAGAUGAACAAGGAAGGCUUUUAUGUGAAUUGUUCAUUAGGGCCCCCAAAAGACGAAAUCAGCCAGAUUACUAUGAAGUAGUUUCCCAGCCUAUUGAUUUAAUGAAGAUCCAACAAAAGUUAAAAAUGGAGGAAUAUGAUGAUGUGAACGUCUUAACUGCUGACUUCCAACUGCUGUUUAAUAAUGCAAAAUCCUAUUAUAAGCCAGACUCUCCUGAAUAUAAGGCUGCCUGCAAAUUGUGGGAUUUAUAUGUACGAACAAAAAAUGAAUUUGUUCAGAAGGGAGAGGCUGAGGACGACGAGGAUGAUGAUGAAGGCCAUGACAAUCAAGGGACUAUUUCUGAAAUAUCUUCUCCAGGUUAUUUAAAAGAAAUUCUUGAACAACUUCUUGAAGCAGUAGUUGUAGCUACAAAUCCAUCAGGCCAUCUUAUUAGUGAACUUUUUCAGAAGCUUCCCUCUAAAGUGCAAUAUCCUGAUUAUUAUGCAAUAAUUAAAGAGCCCAUAGAUUUGAAGACUAUCGCUCAGCGGAUACAGAAUGGAAGCUAUAAAAGCAUUCAUGCAAUGACCAAGGAUAUAGAUCUGUUAGUUAAAAAUGCUAAAACUUACAAUGAACCAGGAUCUCAAGUAUUCAAGGAUGCAAAUGCAAUAAAGAAAAUAUUUAAUAUGAAAAAGGCAGAAAUUGAGCAUUCAGAAUUAACUAAAUCAAGUCUCCGAGUCAGGUAUUGUAAGCAGAAUAGAAAUAUAGAAAGGACUGGAAAUCUGACUGCUUCCAGGCUGACAAGUCCUUCCUCACAGGGUAAAGGCAGUGUUGUUGAUGAAAGAAAUUCUGCUAAUAAAUAUUUCCGUAACAAAAGAGCUGUCCAAGGCGAUCGUUUAUCAGCAAUAACCAUGACACUGCAAUAUGGAUCUGAAAGUGAUGAAGAUGCUGUUUUAGCUGCUGCUGCCCGUUAUGAAGAAGGAGAAUCUGAAGCUGAAAGCAUUGCUUCAUUUAUGGAUACAUCCAAUCCUCUCUAUCAGCUUUAUGAUACAGUUAGAAACUGCCGAAACAACCAGGGCCAACUUAUAUCGGAACCCUUUUUUCAUUUGCCCUCAAAGAAAAAAUAUCCUGAUUAUUAUCAACAAAUCAAAAUGCCUAUUUCAUUGCAGCAGAUCAGAACGAAACUGAAAAAUCACGAAUACGAAACCCUCGACCAUUUAGAAUGCGAUUUAAACUUGAUGUUUGAAAAUGCAAAGCGUUAUAAUGUUCCAAACUCAGCCAUUUAUAAGAGAGUUUUGAAAAUGCAACAGGUUAUGCAGGCAAAGAAGAAAGAGCUAGCUAGAAGAGAUGAAAUUGAGGAUGGUGAUAGUAUGAUAUCUUCUGCCACAUCAGAUGCUGGGAGUUCAAAAAGGAAAAGUAAGAAGAAUAUAAAGAAACAGCGAAUGAAAAUCUUAUACAAUGUUGUUCUUGAAGCACGAGAACCUGGAACAGGCCGAAGGCUAUGUGAGCUGUUUAUGGUGAAACCCUCCAAAAAAGACUAUCCAGAUUAUUACAAGAUUAUUUUGGAUCCAAUGGAUUUAAAAAUAAUAGAGUAUAAUAUCCGUAGUGAUAAAUAUGUUGGAGAAGAAGCUAUGAUAGAAGAUAUGAGGUUAAUGUUUCGAAAUGCGAGACAUUAUAACGAAGAAGGCUCACAGGUUUACAAUGAUGCUCAUAUUUUGGAGAAAAUUCUUAAAGAAAAGAGAAAAGAAUUGGGACCUCUGCUUGAAGAUGAUGAGGUUGCUUCCCCUAAAUUAAAGUUAAGUAGAAAAACUGGCAUCUCUCCUAAAAAAUCAAAAUAUAUGACUCCAAUGCAACAGAAGCUUAAUGAAGUAUACGAAGCUGUGAAGAACUAUACAGAUAAACGAGGUAGAAGACUCAGUGCUAUUUUUCUACGACUUCCAUCGCGGUCAGAGCUUCCUGAUUAUUAUCUGACAAUUAAAAAGCCAGUUGAUAUGGAGAAAAUCAGAAGUCACAUGAUGGCCAACAAAUAUCAGGAUAUUGAUUCUAUGGUUGAAGAUUUUGUAAUGAUGUUUAAUAAUGCCUGCACUUACAAUGAACCAGAAUCCUUGAUUUACAAAGAUGCACUUGUGCUACAUAAAGUUUUGCUUGAGACUAGAAGAGAUAUAGAAGGAGAUGAAGAUUCUCAUGUCCCAAAUGUAACUCUGCUGAUCCAAGAACUUAUACAUAAUCUUUUUGUCUCUGUAAUGAGUCACCAGGAUGAUGAAGGGAGAUGCUAUAGUGACUCUUUAGCUGAAAUUCCUGCUGUUGACCCCAGUUUCCCAAACAAGCCUCCUUUGACUUUUGAUAUCAUACGGAGAAAUGUAGAGAAUAAUCGCUAUAGAAGGUUGGAUUUAUUCCAAGAACACAUGUUUGAAGUGUUGGAACGCGCAAGGAGAAUGAACCGGACGGAUUCAGAGAUUUAUGAGGAUGCUGUAGAACUUCAGCAGUUCUUUAUCAAAAUCCGUGAUGAACUCUGCAAAAAUGGUGAAAUCUUGUUAUCACCAGCCCUUAGCUACACUACUAAACAUCUACAUAAUGAUGUAGAAAAAGAGAAGAAGGAAAAACUUCCCAAAGAAAUGGAAGAGGACAAACUUAAAAGAGAAGAGGAGAAGAGAGCUGAAAAGAGUGAAGAUUCUUCUGGAGGAUCAGGACUGUCUAAUUUACACAGAACAUACAGCCAAGAUUGCAGCUUUAAGAACAGCAUGUACCAUGUUGGAGACUAUGUAUAUGUUGAACCUGCAGAAGCUAAUUUGCAACCUCAUAUAGUCUGCAUAGAACGAUUGUGGGAAGAUUCAAAUGGGGAAAAAUGGUUAUAUGGCUGCUGGUUUUACCGACCAAAUGAAACAUUCCAUCUUGCCACUAGAAAAUUUUUGGAGAAGGAGGUGUUUAAAAGUGAUUAUUACAACAAAGUUACAGUGAGCAAAAUUCUAGGCAAAUGUGUGGUUAUGUUUGUUAAGGAAUAUUUUAAGCUAUGUCCAGAAAACUUCAGAGAUGAAGAUGUCUAUGUUUGUGAAUCACGUUAUUCUGCAAAGACAAAGUCUUUUAAGAAAAUUAAAUUGUGGACUAUGCCAAUUAGUUCUGUACGAUUUGUCCCUCGAGAAGUGCCCUUACCUGUGAUUCGUGUUGCAUCAGUGUUUGCUAAUAUAGACAAAAUUGAUGAAGAAAAACAUACCGACGCAUCGGAGGAUACCAAAACUGUUCUUAGUCUUGAAAAGGAUAAGGAAGACGUUCCAGUAGACAUGUCAAACGGAGAACCUGGCUGUCACUACUAUGAACAGCUUUGUUACAAUGAUAUGUGGUUAAAGGUCGGAGAUUGUGUCUUCAUCAAAUCGCAUGGUUUAGUCCGAGCAAGGGUUGGCAGAAUAGAAAAAAUGUGGGUUAGAGAUGGAGCUGCCUAUUUCUUUGGUCCAAUUUUUAUUCACCCAGAAGAAACAGAACAUGAGCCAACGAAAAUGUUUUAUAAGAAGGAAGUAUUUUUAAGUAACUUGGAAGAGACUUGCCCGAUGACAUGCAUUCUGGGAAAAUGUGCUGUUCUGUCUUUCAAAGACUUUCUUUGCUGCAGACCAACUGAAAUUCAUGAAAAUGAUGUUCUUCUCUGUGAAAGUCGCUAUAAUGAAAGUGACAAACAGAUGAAAAAAUUUAAAGGACUAAAAAGAUUUUCUUUGUCUGCUAAGGUAGUAGAUGAUGAAAUUUAUUAUUUCAGGAAACCCAUUAUUCCACAGAAGGAGCCAUCUCCACUUUUAGAGAAAAAAAUUCAGCAGCUAGAAGCAAAGUUUGCUGAGUUAGAAGGUGGAGAAGAGGAUAUUGAAGAGAUUGGGGAAGAGGAAGGUGAAGUCACAGAAGCACCGACCAUACCUCAACUGCAGACUCCGCUCUCCAAUGAAUUGGAUAUAAUGCCAUAUACUCCACCACAGUCCACUCCGAAGUCAAUCAAAGGCAGCGUAAAAAAAGAAGGCUCUAAAAGGAAGAUCAAUAUGAGCGGAUACAUCUUGUUUAGCAGUGAGAUGAGAGCUGUCAUUAAAGCUCAGCACCCAGAUUAUUCCUUUGGAGAACUCAGCAGACUGGUUGGAACAGAGUGGAGAAAUUUGGAAGCCUCCAAGAAAGCAGAGUAUGAAGAGCGGGCAGCUAAGGUUGCUGAGCAGCAGGAGAGAGAACGAGCAGCACAGCAACAGCAGCAGAAUUCUUCCCCCCGGGCAGGCACUCCUGUCGGGGCUCUUAUGGGGGUGGUGCCGCCACCAACACCAAUGGGGAUGCUCAAUCCGCAGUUGACACCUGUUGCAGGCAUGAUAGGUGGCUAUCCAUCAGUGCUGCCACCUUUACAAGGCCCAGUUGAUGGCAUUGUUAGCAUGGGCAGCAUGCCACCACUUCACCCUGGGGUGCCUCCACCCCAUCAACUUCCACCAGGCAUGCCAGGCAUCCCACCACCCGGUGUUCUAGGGCAAAACGUUUCUUCCAUGGUAGGAGCCCCAGCACCAGGAAGUCCAUUUGGGCAGCAGAUGGGUAUGCUUGGUCCCCCAGGCCAACAAGCACCACCUCCAUAUCCUGGUCAAAACCCAGCAUCUCAACAGGUCAUGCAGCAGCCUACAACGCCUAUGUUUGUCUCUCCUCCACCAAAGACACAGAGGCUUCUCCAUUCAGAAGCUUAUCUGAAAUAUAUUGAAGGUCUUAGUGCUGAUUCAAAUAGUAUUAGCAAGUGGGACCAGACCCUUUCAGCACGAAGACGUGAUGCCCACCUCUCAAAAGAACAAGAAAGUCGUCUUCCUACACACUGGUUGAAAAGCAAAGGGGCUCAUACCACAAUGGCAGAUGCACUAUGGCGGCUUCGAGACUUGAUGUUGAGAGAUACACUUAAUAUCCGCCAGGCAUACAACAUAGAAAAUAUUUAAUCUUUCAAUGCCAACAUAUAAAAAAAAUUUGUGGAACAUAGCUGUUUUAGUUAUUGGUGAGGGAGAGAAAAUUGUUUUUAUUGCAUCUUAUUGUAUAUUGCAAGAUUGUUUUUUUAUAAGGACAUUUUUAAUAAGCAUAUUUCACUUUUUGUUAUAUUAUGUUGACUUUUCUUAAAUAUACAGACUUGUGCAUAUGGUUGACUUGAAAGAUGAUCUCAUGCUUGGUUCUAAAUGCAAAGCAAGGUUAUAUCUUUUUUUCUUCACAAAUUCUGAGAAGAUAGGGAGGAUGUUUACAGUUUAUCUUGGAAAAACAUACAUUUACACCUAGACCAUAGUGGCAUGAGCAUCGCUGUAUUUAUACGGUAGUUACUUCUGGCAGGUACAUCACAUAUG